AUGGGGCAGUUGGAGAUGAACCAGGGCCAACGAGCGCACGCUUCAAUCAAUGGUUUCACGUGGCGGAGGUCUCGGAGCAAUGCGGAGGAACAAAAUGGGGCAGAGCCUCAGCCAGCGACCACUCGCUCCAGAAGGCCUCGUAUCUUGGCCUUUCUCGGCCUGGAGUUGCUUCGCCACGGCCAAGUCGCCGUGAUGCCCGUUUCUAACUUGAGAAUCAGCUCUCCGAGCAGCAUUCAAGAGGAAGCCGAACAAGUAGAAUCCUCCCCCCCUCCCGCUACUGCGAAAUCCUACCGCGAAGAGCUCGACCUUCGAGUCCACUUUGGCACCCGAGCUGGGGCUUCCGUGCAUGGUUUCCCCAGUACAGGUGGCGUGUACAUGCUCUCUUGCUCUGUUGCGGAGCUCGACUUUCUCGGCCUUGACCGGUUCGAAAUCGCACAACCAUCCACUGACCCGGAUAAGGAGGAUGCGUUUUGCGCCAAAAUGCGACUGCUCGGACCCGAAUGGUGGCCGAGCCUAGAGGCCUACAGCAAGGCAGAGUGGCUCGACUUCACGCACCAAGCGUAUAACCGGAGACGGCUAGUACGCUUCAUCGGGGUUUCGCCCGAAGGUGGAGUUUGGGCUCUCGUGGUGGAAGAGGAAGACUGUUCCAACAGGCAGCUAGGCAGAAUAAACAACGCCGUGAACAUGGAGGAAAGGUGUGCGCAGAUUAAGAGGUUUGGCGGCACCUUUUACGCCGACCCGAGCGACUGCCCACUUCUCGACUUCAAGUCUCCGUUCCCAGAGCGGGCCACCACCCAUAUACUGCUUGCGGAUGGCGAUGAUAAUAACCGGGAGAUUACGCGCAGUCUCAUGGCAGAAAUCGGGUUCACACAGGUCACAACAGUUGGAGACGGCAAGGAAGCCCUCGCUUUCCUGUUGGCAGCCGCGAAGAACAAGGCACAGGAAAAACCGGACAUCAUUUUCGUCGACCCGGAUCUACCUGUGAUCGGCGGCCAGGAGUGUAUCCAAUUCCUCCUGUACGAGUCCGGUUAUUCCGAAUUUUAUUCGCACCUCUCAGUCGUUGCCAUGCCGCGCCCUACAACGCUGGGUGACAACAACCUGCGAGCUCCCACCAUGACUGCCGUGAACGCCGUUCUUCCCCGUCCGAUCCGAAAGGAACAACUGGAAAAAAUACUGGUCCACUUGGCUCUCAGCGGCGCACGCCGCUUUCUAUUCUCAGGACCAGAUACCGACGAUGCCCGCCGAGGUGCCAAGAUUUUCGAGAAAAGAGACGUAUAUAUGAUGAGCGCGUCGUGA